AUGUCACUUAACGACGAACAGGAUACAGCCGAGAUUAGUACUGAAACGACACGGCAGUUAGAGGAGGCAGAACAAGCCAAAAGAAAUACUGCAUCCGUGAUCCCAAUGCGCAAUUUCUACAUAAUCAUAAGCGCGUAUCUGUUGUUCACACUUAUAGAUUCGGCCUUGGGAAUGAUUAUAUUGUUAGAACUAUUCCAACGAAAAUACAACGCACUCGAAAUUUCAACCAUGUUUAUUCUAUACGAAAUUUUUGGUAUGAUCACGUAUCUCGUCGCUGGCCUUCUUGCAGCACGUCAAGGACUUCGAUUCUGUCUCGUAAUUGGUCUAAUCUUCCAAUUAAUCGGCAUUGGUACUCUAAUCGGUCUGCAAGAGUAUUGGCCGCGUACUUGGGUUAUCAUGUACAUUUCUCUAGCUCACAGCUUCAAUGGCAUUGCAAAGGAUAUGGUAAAAGUGAGUGGAAAGUCGAUGGCUAGGCUGGUUACUCAAGAGGAUAGUGAACAUCAACCGAAGUUGUUCAGAUCUGUUGCACGCAUAACUGGUGCGAAAAACUCUAUCAGAGGGGCGGGACUCCCAUGGGGAGCAUUCUUGUUGAAAUUAUUGAACUACAGGGUGUCAUUGUCAGUGUUGUUGGGAAUGAUUGCUAUUAUCUUAGCACCCUGUAUGCUAUGGUUAGACAGUCAGUUGGCCGUCAGUGGGCGUGUGAGGGUCUUAACUCUAAGAACAAUAUUCGAUAAAGGGAAAGAUGUGAACGUACUCUCAUUAGCGAGGAUAUUUUUAUUCGGAUCAAGAGAUAUGUGGUUUCAAGUAUCAUUACCGUUAUUCCUUCGAGGUACAUUUGAGUGGUCGUUCAUAGCCACGGCAUCUCUACUUGCCGGAUGGGAAAUAUUCUAUGGCGCGGUGCAGUCGAGCACACCAACGCUCAUUCUACGGCCGAUUGGAAUAUAUCCAAUUAAGAAAGCUACGUAUCUUGUUCAAACGACCUUGAGUCUGAUGAUUGUAACCAUUGCUAUUGCUAUUGUUGUUACAGUCAAAGAGACAAACACGACCUUCUACGCUUUAUUUCUCACAGGAUUGUUCGUUUUUGCCUUCGUUUUGGCUGUCAAUUCAUCGAUUCAUUCGUUUUUGAUUAUCUCCUAUUGCCGUACUGAUGAGGUUGCGAUAAAUAUAGGUUUCUAUUAUAUGGCUAAUGCAAUGGGUAGGUUGGUUGGAUUGAUCGUAGGAGGUACACUGUUUUAUUAUGUAGGACUUGAUGCCUGUCUUUGGACGAGUGCUGGUGCCUUACUUAUAUGCAUGAUUGUAUCAGCAUUCUUGGGUCCUGUACCCGAAAGGCCAGAAAAAUGCGUUAAUAGUACGCAGUGA